GGCGUGCGAGCGGAUUUUUCCUUCGGCGGAUUGUGGAAACCCCGAAACCGCCCGUCUGUGUCCACCCGGGUGGUGGUCGGCCGGAAAGUACGAUUUUAUAAUUAUAACAAGCCAACUUUGCAGUGGACCGUGUGGAGCAUUUCUCCCUUCCUUGUUUGCGUGUGUACCUGUGUGACUGUGUUUGUUGGUGCCAUUAGUGUGUCGUAGCCGCCGCCGUAAGAUCGUCCGCGUAAUCCGCCCCGACAUCCACCGAUCGUCGUGUUCCCAGGAGCCAGGAGAGGCCGCCUUGGUCAGCGGAGGUUUUUUUUGAGGAGGAAAGUCAAGACGCAAAAUGCCGCCAAAGAAGAAAACCGAUUUAGACGAUUUGAAGCAGGAGUUGGAUAUUGAUUAUCAUAAGAUCACACCGGAGGAACUGUACCAGCGACUUCAGACACACCCGGAAAAUGGUCUCAGUCAUGCGAAAGCCAAGGAGAAUCUAGAACGAGAUGGACCAAACGCCCUGACCCCUCCAAAACAGACGCCCGAAUGGGUGAAGUUCUGCAAGAAUCUCUUCGGCGGUUUCGCUCUGCUGCUGUGGAUCGGUGCCAUUUUGUGUUUCAUCGCUUACGGUAUUCAGGCCAGUACCGUCGAGGAACCGGCCGAUGAUAAUCUGUAUCUCGGUAUCGUGCUGGCCGCUGUCGUGAUAGUGACCGGUAUUUUCUCAUACUAUCAGGAAUCGAAAAGUUCAAAGAUUAUGGAAUCGUUCAAGAACAUGGUCCCUCAGUUUGCUACCGUUCUGCGAGAGGGUGAAAAGCUGACGCUGCGCGCUGAGGAUCUGGUCAUCGGUGACGUGGUUGAGGUUAAGUUCGGCGAUAGGAUACCGGCAGAUGUUCGUAUCAUCGAAGCGCGGAACUUCAAGGUCGACAACUCUUCGCUGACUGGUGAAUCGGAGCCGCAGUCCCGUGGACCCGAUUUUACCCACGAGAACCCGCUGGAAACCAAGAACUUGGCUUUCUUCUCGACCAAUGCCGUGGAAGGUACUGCGAAGGGCGUUGUUAUCAGCUGUGGUGAUUAUACCGUGAUGGGCCGCAUUGCUGGAUUGGCUUCCGGUCUGGACACUGGCGAGACUCCGAUCGCUAAGGAAAUUCACCAUUUCAUCCACCUGAUUACGGGUGUCGCUGUGUUCCUCGGUGUUACUUUCUUCGUCAUUGCCUUCAUUCUCGGGUACCACUGGCUAGAUGCCGUGAUUUUCCUGAUCGGUAUCAUCGUCGCCAACGUACCGGAGGGUCUGCUGGCCACGGUCACUGUGUGUCUGACGCUGACAGCCAAGCGUAUGGCUUCGAAGAACUGUCUGGUGAAGAACUUGGAGGCCGUCGAAACACUCGGAUCCACCUCGACUAUCUGCUCGGAUAAGACCGGAACCCUGACACAGAACCGUAUGACAGUCGCUCACAUGUGGUUCGACAAUCAGAUCAUUGAAGCCGAUACCACGGAGGACCAGAGUGGUGUGCAGUACGAUCGUACCAGCCCUGGUUUCAAGGCAUUGUCCCGCAUCGCUUCGCUGUGCAACCGCGCCGAGUUCAAGGGUGGCCAGGAUGGUGUGCCGAUUCUGAAAAAGGAGGUUAGCGGUGAUGCUUCUGAAGCUGCACUGCUCAAGUGCAUGGAACUGGCUCUCGGUGAUAUAAUGAGCAUCCGCAAGCGCAACAAGAAGGUAUGCGAAAUCCCGUUCAACUCGACCAACAAGUACCAGGUAUCGAUCCACGAAACGGAAGAUCCUAGCGAUCCGCGCUAUCUGCUGGUAAUGAAGGGUGCCCCGGAGCGUAUUCUGGAGCGCUGCUCGACGAUCUUCAUCAACGGCAAAGAGAAACUGAUGGACGAAGAGAUGAAGGAAGCGUUCAACAAUGCGUACCUAGAGCUUGGAGGUCUUGGCGAGCGUGUCCUCGGUUUCUGCGAUUUCCAACUGCCCUCGGACAAAUACCCGGUCGGUUUUAAGUUCAACUCCGAUGAAGUCAACUUCCAAGUGGACAAUCUGCGCUUCGUCGGUCUGAUGUCGAUGAUUGAUCCACCGCGUGCCGCUGUGCCAGACGCCGUCGCCAAGUGCCGCUCGGCCGGUAUCAAGGUUAUCAUGGUUACCGGCGAUCAUCCGAUCACUGCCAAGGCUAUCGCCAAGUCGGUUGGUAUCAUUUCGGAGGGUAACGAAACGAUUGAGGAUAUUGCGCAGCGUUUGAACAUCCCCGUUUCGGAGGUUAAUCCACGCGAGGCGAAGGCUGCCGUUGUGCACGGUUCGGAGUUGCGUGAUCUGUCUUCUGAUCAAAUGGAUGAAAUUUUGCGUUAUCACACCGAAAUUGUGUUCGCCCGUACUUCACCGCAGCAGAAGCUGAUCAUUGUCGAAGGUUGCCAGCGUAUGGGGGCCAUCGUGGCCGUAACUGGUGACGGUGUUAACGAUUCACCUGCUCUAAAGAAGGCCGAUAUCGGUGUCGCUAUGGGUAUCGCCGGUUCCGAUGUGUCGAAACAGGCUGCAGACAUGAUUCUUCUUGAUGAUAACUUUGCCUCGAUCGUUACCGGUGUUGAGGAGGGACGUCUGAUUUUCGAUAACUUGAAAAAAUCGAUCGCAUACACACUUACGUCCAACAUUCCGGAAAUUUCACCCUUCCUUGCGUUCAUCCUGUGCGACAUUCCGUUGCCUCUUGGUACCGUUACGAUUCUGUGUAUCGAUCUGGGAACUGAUAUGGUACCUGCCAUUUCGCUAGCCUACGAACACGCAGAGUCUGAUAUCAUGAAACGACCACCACGUGAUCCAUUCAACGAUAAACUUGUGAAUGAGAGACUUAUUUCGAUGGCUUACGGGCAGAUCGGUAUGAUUCAGGCAGCCGCAGGUUUCUUCGUGUACUUCGUCAUCAUGGCUGAAAACGGUUUCCUGCCACUGAAACUGUUCGGUCUCCGCAAGAGCUGGGAUUCAAAGGCCAUUAACGAUCUCACAGAUUCGUACGGACAGGAAUGGACCUACCGUGACCGUAAAACUCUGGAGUUCACCUGCCACACCGCGUUCUUCGUCUCGAUCGUCGUCGUCCAGUGGGCCGAUUUGAUCAUUUGUAAGACACGCCGUAACUCGAUUUUCCACCAGGGCAUGAGAAACUGGGCCCUCAACUUCGGUCUUGUGUUCGAAACGAUACUGGCUGCCAUCCUGUCCUACACUCCGGGUAUGGAUAAGGGUCUGCGUAUGUUCCCACUGAAGUUCGUCUGGUGGCUCCCAGCUUUACCGUUCAGCUUGUCCAUCUUCGUGUAUGACGAAAUUCGUCGCUUCUACUUGAGACGCAACCCAGGUGGCUGGCUAGAGCAAGAAACGUACUAUUAGGUCAACAAAUUUAUAUUUAAAACGAUUAAUUAAAAUCAACUCCCCAAACAAAACAAAAAACACACGCACCAACAACAACAACAAGAACAACAAGCUACACAUAGACAGGUAUACAAAGAACACGCAGCUACAUAUACACACAACACACCCGAAACAACAGAAAGUGGUGGAGAAAAGGGAGAAAGAGCUAAGCUACAAUUGAAAUCGGAGCGGUAUUGAAAACCGGUGUUGAUAGUUUGCGAGCAUAAAAAUAAACUAAUCAUUAAUACGAACGAAUAGUAACGGGAGGAUGAUGAUGAAGUUUUAGUACAGCAGCGCAGCAGUUAGUUAGGGUAAGAAGAUCGGCCACAACUGAGCCAAACCCACACCCCACUGGCAGGGCAAGCGAUGAACCGAGACGAUGCCAUAAGUAGUGUGUGCUGCUCUGGAAGUGGCACUGACGGAUUGGGAAAGGUUGCGAAAGUCGGUUGGAAUGACGAUGGUAUGAUGUACGAAGACGAAACGUAAUUAUAUUUUUCUUAUCAUACAUUUUAAAGCGGCAGCGAGCCCUGCGAACAGUCUCGGGGUAAUCCGAUACUAUUGUUUUGAGGGGGCGCGGGCCAUCUGCAGACCGUGGCUCAACAAAGUUGAUGGGAAGCCGAGUUAAAGCACGGUUGAACGGUUGUUGAAUGUGGCGCGUGGCGUAAGUUGUGGUACAGUGGGGGUCGUUUUUUUACUUUCCAUGUUAUUGUUGUCUCGGUUAAGCAGAGAGAAAAAAGUGCAAACAAUUCGUCCGAUGUAAAAACUAUGAUACGAACAAAACGACAGCUCUUGUUUACUCGGUAUGAGUUUUCGCAGUCCCCUAUUGGCCCCGGUUUGCAAGGCCACUAUCGCCCCGAGUGUCCGAACAACAGGUCAUCCACUGUUUGUGCGCUCAGUUUCAGACUGUACUCCUCGAGGAUUCGAGUGAUUACUGUUCCCUUACUGUGCGGUUGGUUUGUGUAUCUGUUGCGUGUAUGCGCCAAGGAACCAUGUUGCGUGGUGUUCGAGUAUUGGCCGCAGAAAGUGAGAAGAAAAACACUGGAACGUACUGUCUCGUUUAUAAAAAGCACACGUGUUUAAGGUACAAGUUUUAAGGAUACCCUUUGACUAGACGGUGAGAACCCAAUAGGCAGGCAGGUCAGGUGUGUGCAACACGAAACGGUCGCGAUAAAAUGCUGCGUGUGCUUACGAUAGUCACUGCAGCCAGCCACAAUAAGAAGAAGAACUAAAAAGACACUAACGGCAGACGUUUGAUCUGCUUGCGGGUUGUUUUUUAUUAUUGUUAUUAUUCUCAAAGCUUUUCCGCUAGCCUUGUGCGUGUGCUGUUCAUGAUGUGAGUGUUUGCGGUUAGGAGUCGGUUUUGCCUAUUUCAAUUUUUCUGUUUUGUGUAUUCGCUGUCCAUAGUACGUUGAAACUAUUUGCUGCCAACAUCGUAUCAUCAAUCGCCAUAAUGCCAUCACGUUAUAUCGUUACCCGUCACAGCCACCGUUACAAAUCGAUGAAUUUCCGCCAUGCGGCAGAGCGAGCGUGACAGCGCGGAACUGGUGAAGAUAUAAACAAUUUAGCAGAGUCGAGAAGCUGCUGCACAGUAUGUUUUGUGCGCACCAUGUUUUUCGCACACUCAAACACACCACGCGUAAGGUAUAAUGUGUAUCUCAUAAGUGUAUAACGUAUGUCUUCGUUACAAGCAUACAGCGCAAUUAUACCCCGAUUCAUAGCUGAAACUGACAUCCUAGUUCACGUCCAGAAGGAAAGCAAAUAAAACUAAAAACUGCUACACCGUAAUACCGAGAUAUGCCAUCAACUUCUAGACGAGCGACACGACAAAAAUACCUUCAAAGACACACAUACGCACACAAACAGACACACACACAAACACAGACACACAUUCAAGCACAGGAUCUGUGCGUUAUACUAAAGGAGGAAAGGUUCAUGUUGUCCGCCGGUGGUUGAAGUGCGGAACUUUCUCUGAAUUUUCCCACGUUCAUUGUUCUCUAAUUAAAGAUAAAUUAAUAAAACGGAGGAAAGAAAUCGAGAUACACUCAUAGACGACAUAACCACACGUACAGACACAUGAAACACAUUGAAAAAGCUACGACGCAAAUUGAUCAACUCGUUGUUAGUUACAAAGAAAAGAAAAGGUAAUAAAGUAAAUAAUACGCUCGGAACAUAAUUUAAAAUGAAUAAAAAAAACAUAGUAAUAGAAGAAGACAGCUGGGCAGAGAACCGUAAGGAAUAUUAAAGAAACAAAAAUUUGCGUAAGAAAAUAAAGCAACACAAUGCGAAAAGAAACAAGAUUAGUGCUGUAGUCGUUGUGAGGUGCAUGAAACAAGACGAAACAUGAUCCCCACAAACACACACACACACCCACACACACACAUACUCACAACUACCGGCAUGCAAACAAAACACGAUGAUAUACACAUAUAGAGAGAGACAAACACAAAUUACCCACCCGCGGAUCAAAAAAUCACAAAUAAACGCAGAAAUGCAUGAGAAACGAGAGAAAAAUAUUAAGCCCUAUAAAAAAAUGCAAAAGAGUCACUGAAACACUUAGAAUCGAAAUAGAGUUUGAUGAAUAUGCGAACGAAGAUGAUACAUGCAGACAGAACAGCAAAAGCUACAAAUAGAGCAACAAAAUUUGUUAUGUUCAUAAGAGAAACAAAACCAGAGCAGAGCUGAGAGAUAACGUUAAAAGUAGAGAAUUAAAUAAACAAAAAAAACGCG